GUCUACGUUGAUGUGCCAGUUGCCUAGUGACGAAAAAGCUACUGAUGAUUUCCUGUUUUGAAAAUCGGCUUGUUGUUACAUUAGCCUGCGCUAAGGAAGUUAGAAAUCUGGAUCGAUUAUGUGCAGAAAAUGGGAGAUAUUCACAGGUUUUCUUCAAUUAAGUAGCUAGAUUAUACCCUUUGAAUUUGGGGUAACAUUUACAAAGAUUGGACGAUUUGAAGUCAUGAAUAAUUACAUGUUUAUCAGAGUUGUUGGAAAGGGGAGUUAUGGAGAGGUGAAUCUGGUGAAACACAAAACAGACCGUAAACAGGUAAGAAUACAACAAUCCACUUCAAAACAUGGUUUCAAUAACGUUAUAAUAGCGUUGUUUGGGCGACUCUGAUACAUUUCUUCCCUUUCCUGAAUCUUAGAUAUUACAAGUUAGCAAGUAACGUUAGCUAGCUAAGCUAAACAACCAACUUUGAAAGUGCCUAUUCUAAGGGAACUACAAAUAAGGUUAGCCAUUUAGAAAUAAAGAACUGCUGCAUUUGUUGUGAACAUUCUAUCUAGACGCAUGUGUGACAAAACUGUCAAGACAGAAUGUUCGCCACUAAUGCAUCUAGACAGAACGUUCGCAGAGUGCAACAUGUGGCGCAUGUGUCGAACCCAUUUCUUCUAUUUUUCUUAGUAUGUCAUAAAGAAGUUGAACUUGACCACGUCCUCGAAACGUGAGCGGCGAGCCGCGGAACAAGAGGCUCAGCUUCUCUCGCAACUACGACACCCAAACAUCGUGACUUACAGGGAGUCGUGGGAAGGAGAAGACUGCCAGCUCUACAUUGUCAUGGGCUUCUGCGAGGGAGGCGACCUCUACCAUAGACUCAAGCAACAGAAGGGGGAACUCCUGCCUGAAAGGCAGGUGGUGGAGUGGUUCGUCCAGAUAGCUAUGGCCCUCCAGGUACAUUAAAGUGCAUUUAAUCAAAUAAUUGCUGAGAUAUUGUAUACCGAUUGAUUCAAAUGCUGCAACAUCUACUCUGCCUCCUGCCAUUACCUUUGGCAGAGGCCGAGGCUUAAUUACAGGAGAGUUACAGUGACAACAUCAUGUUCUCUGUUGAAUUGUAGUAUCUACAUGAGAAGCGUAUCUUGCACCGGGACCUAAAGACCCAGAAUAUCUUCCUGACCAAGACUAACAUAAUUAAAGUAGGAGACCUUGGCAUCGCCAGGGUUCUGGAGAAUCAGAAUGACAUGGCCAGCACCUUAAUAGGAACACCGUACUACAUGAGCCCGGAGCUGUUCUCCAACAAACCCUACAACCACAAGGUACUGUGUGCAUACAGUAGAUCCAUGCUUGAGAUCAUCAUUGUUGAAGCACCAGUUAUGUUGAGCCAGAAGGAAUCUGAGGUAGAUGCUGUUGUGUGCACUAGGCCUAUUUGUUUGCACUCGGCUAACUCAAACCUCCUUUUAUUCCCAGUCUGACGUGUGGGCGCUGGGCUGCUGUGUGUACGAGAUGUCCACCCUGAAACAUGCCUUCAAUGCCAAGGACAUGAACUCACUCGUUUACCGCAUUGUAGAAGGAAAGGUCAGUCCCUUACAUCUUGGCCAAAUGAUUAGUCAUGAUGACAGAUUAUUUGUCUGCUACUAGAUUCAUGGAUCUAUGUAUUUCCAGUUACCUCAGAUGCCUUGUAAGUACGACCCUCAGCUGGGAGCUCUGAUAAAGAGCAUGCUGUGUAAGAGACCAGAGGACAGACCUGAUGUCAAACUCAUCCUACGUCAGCCCUACAUCAAACAACAAAUCGCCAUGUUUUUAGAGGCCACCAAAGAGUAGGUGGCAUCAUCUGUUGUAGCACCUGGCUAAUACCCUCUCUCUCUCUCGUCUAUGUAUGUUGAACCAAUAGUUAGUCAAUGAAGUGUGUUGGAUUGAUCUCAUCUUGGAUGUCUUGUUUGUUUGAUUCACUCCAGGAAAACUGCCAAGUCCAGAAAGAAAGUGGUUGGUGGCAGUAGCAGACCCAAUAGUGCAGCAUCUGUGGUUUUGUCUCAACCAAGGCCUGAGCGCCCCACUCAAUGUCCCCAGCCAGACCCAAACACCAGAGGGAAAAGGGUGAGUUAACAGCUAACAGAACAGUACUAAAAUACAGUGGAUAAGAUCUAUAUCUUUUUUUAUAGAGAGCAGCCAUAAAGUAAAAAUAAUGCUCAUCAAGUCCCACAAGUGUCUUGAUUUUUUUAAUUGCGGUGUGUUUAUUCUAUUUUUUGUUAUCAUUCAUAGAAGGAAGAGAUCAACACACAGGACCACAAAGGACGUAAUGGAAUCACAGAGGACACCCCACCCCAGACACAUCUAACACCCAAAUCCCCUACACCAGACAUUCUCAACACCACUGGUGCGUCCUUGGCAACCAUCAGUAACAUUGACAUUGAUCUCCAGACACAGGAAGAGGAGACAAACGCCCAGAGAGGGGAUCCUCCCCAGACCGUGUCCAACGCAAGGGCAGAUAAUGACGCUCUGUGUGAGAGGCCCAUGGAGGAGCGGAAGGGAGGGAAACAGGAUCCCUCCCCCCCUCUGCCUCCUCGCAGGCUGCUAUCAGGUGUCAGUACCAGGGAAGAGGAGAGGAAGACCGCCAAUGGACCUGUAAUGCAGGGUGCCCCAAAGCCCAGAGACAGAGUCAGAACCUCUGUAGAGAAAACUGUGAACACGGACGAUAAAGAUGACACAAUGGAGCUACUCAAGGAUGUGGUCAUUGAGAGCCCAGCUACUGAACGUAGUAUAUGUCUGGGUGUUUCUACCAGCUUGCCUGAGUUAAGGUCUGCAGGACAACUCAAAGUGGAAUCCACUGGACAGACCUUUGUAGUAAAUAUAGAGAACAAGGAUGACACAAGGAAUCUUCUCAAGGAGGUUCCUGCACACAAACAUACUGCCGUUGUCAGAGUAAGUGCCUGGCUUGUGGAUGGGGAAUGAUACUAUCAUGUGCUGCACAUACGGUAUACAUUUGGUGAAUGAGAGUUGUAGAAGUAAGCCUCUGCGUUAUUGUCUUUAAAGGAGAGCUUGGAAUCCACAGAAAAGCUAUUAGAGCCCCUUCCUCCUGUGGUAAGAACAUGGUUUUGCCUGCGUUUGAUCAUGUAUAGUCUACUCUACCAGACUCCAGAGAUUAUUGACAUAUCACAUAAUUUUAGAGGUAAUUGACACUGGUUUAUGUUUUAUCGGUGUAUGUAGGCACCCUGUCACGUGGAGCCCCUCCCCCCAGUCCCAGAGCAGGACACGCCCCCUCUGUGUACCCCCUCCUCUGAAACCUCUGUCUCUCACCAACAUAGACAAAGGGACAGGGGGCGGAUACAGAGUGAUCAGGACAAGGUGAGGACAGUGUCAGGAACUUUAUCAUGGCUUUGGGCUGUCAAACUCUACUUUAGAACCAAAGGCUCCUCAUCCCUUGCUUGUUCUUCUACAGUGUAAUAAAGUAGCUGGUCCUAGACCUCUACCUCCUCCUCCUGUUAAUGCACUGGUAGUGGAGGUGAAGAAGAGAAGCAGGACAAACACAGAGAAGAGGGCCACCAUAACAACUUCCUCCACAACCGUUAGCUCCUUCAAGGACAGCAACACUCCACUGCCACAGGUGAGCUCAAUAGAUUAAACAAUUAACAAGGUAGAUUGGUGUUACUGCUAGAAAAAACCGCCUUGAGGUCUGGAAUGUAUAUUGCAAAGAAGUGUAUUGUGUUGGUCCCACUCAUAAGUGCCCCUAAUACUAUGUAUUUACACAGUAGUUACAUAGGCAGGUGAAGUUAAUAACAUCUCUACUGCUAGCAGGAGCGCCUUCUGUCAGCCAGGGAGAGGAGAAGACUGAGGCAGUCCCAGCAGAACCCCAGCCAACCAGGUAAAUAAUAAUUAGGGAGCACUUAUAUAGUCCUGUUUCACAAGUGUGAGGUGUGAAAUGUGUUUUUUGCAUAUCCCACUCCCCCUGAGACACCCUCGGAGAGUAUGGUCACAGCCAGGGGAUCAGCCAUUAUUGACGUCAAUCCUGGAGCAAUUAGGGUUAAUUGCCUUGCUCGAGGGCAGAACGACCUUGUCGGCUUGGGGAUUCGAUCCAGCAACCUUUCGUUUACUGACCCAAUGCUCCUAACCGCCAGGCUACCUGACACCCCUGUUGUACGCCAGGCUACUCCUCCGACCUCUGUUGUCAAUAUUUCAUAUGACCAUAGGACCAGAAGGAAUUAGCAAGGGACAUUUUGUCUACUAUUGUCUGCCUAUUUGAACAAUAAAGCGGUAGUUCUGCUUAGUAUUGCUCACUGUAGUAUUCUUCUUUCCCACAGUUGUCAAUGCAGUAAGAAGGGCGUCUUAUGAUGUUGCCUCUUUACAUAAUAAGCAGCCAGAGUUCCAGAACUCCACUGUCACUUGCUCUGUGUCUGACAUGGGCAAGGAAACCAACAAGGUAAAUAUAGGUUCAUCCCCAUUGUCUUACUCUUCCAGUAAGCUAAAAGUUCAAAAUAUGGCUUCAGUCUAUAACAGUGGUGUGUUUUCCUGUAGCAGGACAGGUUUUUGGGGCGCCUGUCAGACGAGGACGAAUGCAGCUCCUCCACCAGCUCAACCGAUCACUCAGAGGGGGACUGCAAAGAGGGGUAAAACCAAUUUAUUCUGGCUCUUUGGGAGCAGUACCACCCCACACCCAUAGAAGCACAUUACCCCCCACAUUGUUAUUUUCUUCUCUUUUUACAUUGCAGAAAGAGUGAAUCCAGUGAUAUGCAGGACCUGGUUCAGAUGAUGACCCAGACAUUGCGAAUGGAUGGCAAAGAUACUGUUAGUGAGCUGGAUGGUGUGAGAUCUACUCCGCUGACUGAGUUUAAGCUGAACAGGAAGUACAGGGACACCCUGGUGCUGCAUGGGAAAGCUAGAGAGGAGCAGGAGUUCCACUUCAGUGAAUUAUCCACCGGUCAGUCUUAGCCAAAACAGUCUCUCUGAGCUUCCCUAGCACAGGGUUUCCCAAACUUGGUCCUGGGGCCCCCCCUGGGUGCACAUUUAGGUUUUUGCCCUAGCACAACACAGCUGAUUCAAAUAGUCAAAGCUUGAUGAUGAGUUGGUUAUUUAAAUCAGCUGUGUAGCGCUAGGGAAAAACUUACACCCAGGGGGAGGCCCAGGACCGAGUUUGGGAAACCCUGCCCUAGCAGAUUCUAUCUGGUGUCUACAUACUUGAAUGUUUCAAUGCAAAAUUGCUCUGUCGACAUGAUCUGGUGACUGGCUUAUCAGUGAGGAAUCCAUUUAUUAUUUCAUAAGAAAUAAAUUGAUUUAAAUGGAACAUCUGUGAAACGUAUGUUUUUUUUGUAUUCAAUCCACCUCUUACAAGGCACCACAUCUGGACCGGCAAAGAUCCGCAGAGCCAUUGAGCACCUGAAAACAGAUGUGGUGAAGGGACUUGGGGUGAAGCUGUUGAACAGAGUCCUGGACAUAAUGGAGGAUGACGAUGAGGACAAACGAGAGGUUAGGAUUGAAAAUGGCAUCCAUGAUACAGAGUCCUUUUAGCUAGACAUGGCUGUAAUCUGUUUUCUUUUGUCUUUCUCCGCACAGCUGUGUCUUCGGAAGCAGAUGGGAGAGGACAAGUACCAGUCAUAUGCUUUGAUGGUGCGGCAGCUAAAAUUCUUUGAGGACGUUUCUUUCAAGGGUUAG